GCGUUGUAUGAUAUUAUAUGGUACACCAUAGGAGCAUCCAUAAUCGAAUGGACGGUGGAGAUUGGAUGUAACAAGGCGAAUAAAGGUCGUCCGAUAGCAUGGCUGAUCUCCAACAUUGGUUUUUGAGAACGGACGGUGGAUAUCCUUUUAGCUUACAAUACACCAUGCACAACUGGUGUAGAAUGUCCUCUCCCACAACUUUUACUUCUCGAAUGACUUGAUAAUCUAAUUAAUUCUCAAAGGCAGACAUGCCUGACCAAGCAAGCACAAUUAGUAGUGCACUUACAGGUAAUGUCACACAUCAAAAAAAUACACAACUGAGAGAAAACAGCAUUAAAAAAAAAAAAUGAAGCCCCUCAAAUAAACGGUUGCUGAACUGAAUUUUGAAACUGAGAGUUGAAGGCAAAGAAUGGCAAUGGAGGAAGAGCAGGAGCUGUUUGCUCAUGACAGAGAUGAAGAUGAAGAGAAGGGAGGGAAACCCAAGUUGGAGUUAACAGUUGAUGAGAUAAUAGAAGAAUAUGUUGGGUCUUUCGGGUUCUCUCAAUUGGUUCACGUCUUUCUGGUUUCGCUUGCUUGGAUAUUUGAUUCUCAACACACCCUUGUUACCAUCUUCACAGAUGCGGAGCCUCAAUGGAGGUGCAAAAUGAAUGGUUACGAGUGUUGGGAAAAUGCCUCACUGUGUGAUCUUCACCCCAAAGCAUGGGAAUGGGUGGGAGGAGAGAGAAUGUCCACUGUUGCGGAAUGGGGCCUCAUCUGUGGUCAUAGAUUCAGAGCUGGCAUUCCGACCUGUGUGUUCUUCCUUGGCUCACUCUUGGGUUCUGCAAUUCAGGGCCGCCUUGCUGACUCAAGUUUGGGAAGGAGGAAAACACUCUUCUACUCCUGCCUCUUCACAUCCAUUACAGCCUUUCUCACCUCUCUUUCUCCCAAUAUUUGGGUUUACUCCAUCCUUCGCUUUUGCAAUGGUUUUGCUCGGUCAGGCAUCGGCAUAUGCUGCCUUGUUCUCUCCACUGAAUCAGUGGGGAGACGAUGGAGAGGACAAGUAGGUCAAUAUGGCUUCUUCUUCUUCACUGCCGGCUUUCUUUCUCUACCCAUUAUCUCAUAUCCACUCCAAAACUCAUGGCGAAACAUCUACCGAUCGAUCUCUCUCCUUCCCUUGCUCUACUGCUUAUUUAUCUUCCCCUCCAUCUCCGAGUCACCUAGGUGGCUCUCACUUAGAGAGAGAAAAGAAGAAGCCAUGCAAGUCUUGACAAAACUAGCACAAUCUAAUGGGAAGAAGAUUCCCAAAAACCUGACCAUUUCGAACCCAAGUUGCACGCAACCAGGCUCAAGAACAUGCAAUCUAUGGAGCUCAAAGUGGGCUCGAAAGAGGAUGGCCCUAGUCAUGGCUGUGGGCUUAGGAGUUGGGUUUGUUUACUAUGGAGUUCAACUCAAUGCACAGAACCUCUAUUUCAAUCUCUAUUUCACUGUGGCCCUAAAUGCUCUAAUGGAAAUUCCAGCUGUUUUUCUAGGCUCUGUUUUGCUAAGCUGCAUGGACAGGAGAGUUUUAUUCUCUCUAUCAGCCAUCAUCGCAGGCAUUUCAUGCUUCCUCUGUGUGAUUUUAUCAAGAGACAGACAGAAAAACAAGGAUCAAGCGGGGAAUUGGUCACAACUGAGUGUCGAAUCAAUUGGAUUCAUGUGUAUUUCAACAGCUUUCGAUGUGAUGUAUAUAUAUUGCGUGGAACUUUUCCCAACAAGCGUAAGGAAUUUUGCGGUUUCAAUGCUAAGGCAAGCCCUAAUGUUUGGGGCCUCCAUGGCCCCAAUGUUAGUUGCUCAAGGGAGGCUCAGCCCCUUUGUUUCUUAUCUGGUUUUUGGGGGUGUGGGGAUUUUCAGUGGGAUUUUUGGCUCUUGGCUGCCGGAGACCAGGAAUCGACCUCUUUAUGAGACAUUGGAGCAGCAAGAGCAUGAGGAGAUGAUCAACGAGCCCUAUGAUUCCGAAAUGGUUAAGCUUCCAAGUUAAGGGAGGGAAGAGAUAAAAAAGAAGCUAUUGUGUAAACUACCUAAAAAUUCUUUCUUGGCGGAGAAGAAAGAUUAUCAAUAUGUUGUGAACUCACUGAAAACAGCAAAGCCUGAUGCCUUGUGUGUAUGUAUGAAUGCAUGCAGACAUGCAUCGCCCAUGCCCCUGUGUGUGUGUGCAUGCACAUGUGUGAGUAAGAGAGGCUUCUGUGAGGUCUUUAGUAGCAGGGCAAAAGAAGAUUGUGUUGUAUAAAUUAUCUGUAUGGUCUGCUAGGGAUGAAGAUCACCAUUCUCUCAGUGUCAAUUCUUUGGUAGCAUAAAAACCAAAGAAAAAUAUGUUCAUGUGCAUGUGUGAGAGAGAAUUGAUUGUUAAAUUAUCUGGACACUGACUGUGUAAACUAUGUGUGAAUUUCUGAGGUACCUAUUGCAGACUAACCAAAGACUACUGUUCAAAUUUCCAUGUUUCUAUGCGGUAGUAAUAUAUAUAACUAUAAGAGAAAAAACCAAAUAAAUAACCAAGGCCCAUGUCAAAACACUUUUAUUUCCAUUUUUUAUCCAAUCAGAAUCACAGUUUUUUAGCUCACUCACAGAACCACCUAACAGACUGCUACUCGAUAUCUCAGCCUUAAUUCAUCAAUUCCAUAUACCCAACCCCUCUAUUUCCCAGUGAUUCAGACCCACCACCCCCCAAAAGAAAAAUAACAAAAAUGCAUUAUCUUUAUGUUCAAAUAAGUCAGCCAGUUUGCACUAGGGAGGCUUCAGUUUAGACCCCUAUCCUGCAAACCG